ACUAUGCUCGGUUGAUCGGUGCCAGACCGACUGCAUCUGUAUGGGCGGGCGAAAAUGUCUGAGAUGGAUGGAUGGUUAAACUGGUUUAUCUGAAAGUGCAUGAUCAGUGUUUCAUUUGGGGGGGGGGCUCUUACUUGCCCUUAAAUUGGACUGGUAGGCCGUUAAUUUCAAUACAAUGUCUAACGCAGAAUCCAUGUAUAGCAUGCCUUGUGAACUUUGGUGGCUUAUUUUUAAGCUGAUGAGCCCUGUAGAUCUCGCCUCAUUCUCGAGGUGCAGUACUAUGUUCCGCGAAUUGGGGACUUGCUUCAAGGAGGAGAUGUAUACCGUGCAACGCGCACUCGGUAAGUUUCUAUUGGAUGUGGAAAUGGGAGAUUAUCAAGAUUUGCAAGCUGACACUGGGUUGCUCGUUGCCGGGUCAGGUGUAUUGGGGUUUUUCAACCACGAUGACGAUCUGCGUGACUACGAUACCUUUUGCGAAUUGAGUCAAUGCGGGACUGUGGGUAAUUGGUACAUCGAUCGCGGCUUUGAAUUUCAGCCAUCUGCUGUACAGAUGUCUGUCUUUGCAAACGAAUUCACACACACACUUGAUGUUCAACGUUCUCAAAAUCGUGUCGUUGCCAUUGCAAUUGAUGAAGACGUUAGGGAUUGUGUAUACGACAACGUAGUUGCCGAAUGGACCUUCAAACGUGGUUGUGGAAUAGUUCGACUACUUGCAACAGAUGGGAUCCCUUUGAAAGGGUUACUAUCCGUCCAUUCUACUUGCUGUAUGAACGUCCUGUCGCAUCGUGCAGCGUAUUGCUGUUUCCCUAAGCUCACGCUCGAGCAACAGGCGACUGUUCUGAUUGACUUGUGUGCGCCUUUUACGGAACCGCAGAUGAAGACGGUGAAGAUGCACCAGAUGCAAGGAUUCUCAGUGCAGUUCAAACCGUCUGGUCGUGUGGUGUGUAAUGCAAAAUCUGCGUUGACUUUUUUAUACUCCCGGUAUCUGGGGGAUAAACAUUGCUACAAAAUCCCCCUGAAAUACUUGGGAAAAAGAACACCGAUGGACGAUUACAUCGAAGCGAAUACUUGGUCCUUGGCGUACACCAGGAAACUCAAUACAUGCGAUUAUUAUCCUAUCGAUGUUCCAGGCACCCGAACUGAAUAUAUAGCUUCUACCUCUUUCGCGUCGAAGCUAGAAACACAAUUGAUUGUGCUGAGAGGACAAAUCCAGUCAGGUUUGAUAACGUAAGUGUUGUUUGCUUAGUCGACUCGCAUUCUGAGCAUAUUGACAGGAGCGAAGCUGCUGUCCUUAUGGUACAAGAAUUGGCUCGUAGAAAGCGGCGAAGGCUUGCUGACGAAGCGUCGUUUGUACAACUGUCUUCUAUGCUCACUAUUGCCGAGUCAGCAGGGUUCCGCAUCGAUGCUGCAGUUGCCCAAGAUCUAUAUGAAUAUUUGGAUAUGCUCAAUGACCAGU